UCUGCUGCCAAAAAGAAAAACAUAAAUGUUCUACAGAGGGAAAUAUGUGGAUGCUGGGGAUGGCCGUGAAAUGGGUCUAAAAAGACAACGGGUAAUUGAUCAGGGUCCAUCAUAUUAUGGGGCUCCUCCAGCUUCGAAUUUUUUGUACAGCCCGCCGGCUUACUCUUAUGUAAACCAACCUCCUGCUUUCCCUGUUGUAAGACUGCGGGGGCUACCUUUUGACUGUACGGAAAACGAAAUUGUUGAUUUUUUCCAUGACCUUGACGUAGUCGAUGUGUUGUUUGUCCAUCGGCAUGGGAAAUUUGUAGGUGAAGGAUAUUGUGUUUUUGGGUAUGCCUUUCAAGUUGAAUAUGCACUUCGAAAAAACCGACAGAAUAUUGGGAAACGAUAUGUUGAAGUUUUUAGAAGCAGUAGGCAGGAAUAUUAUAAGUCUAUAGCUAUUGAGGUUUCUGAUUCGCGUAGGCCCCGUUCCCGGUCCCCUCGUCGCAGACCACGGGCUCUCGAUGCUGCAAAGGUAAAUGCAGACCAUACUGGAGUCCUUCGUUUACGGGGUUUGCCGUUUUCUGCUAAUCGGGAUGAAAUUGUGGAGUUUUUUAAGGGUUCGUAUCUAGGAGAAAAUUCAGUUUAUUUUAUGGUUAAUUCAGAGGGCAGGGUGACUGGGGAGGCAUAUGUGAAAUUUGAAAGUGCUGAAGAUGCAAAAGCAGCCAUGAUGGAGGACGGAACGUGCCUUGGGAAUCGCUAUAUCGAGCUAUUUCCGGCAUCCCUUGAGGAGUGGGAGGAAGCAGUUUCUAGGGGCAGGCCAAAUGUGCCAAAACCUCCUGAUGAAGAUACAACAGUUGUGCGCAUGAGAGGAUUACCAUAUUCAGCUGGAAAAGAUGAUAUACUUGAAUUCUUCAACGAAUUCACAUUGACUGAAGACUCGGUUCAUCUAAUAUUUAAUCCAGAAGGAAGAGCAACAGGAGAAGCGUUUGUGAUAUUUGCAAAUGUGGAAGACUCAAGAGCUGCAUUGGCCAAAGAUCGGAUGACACUUGGCAGUCGCUACAUAGAACUGUUCAUGUCAUCACAUGAGGAAUUGAAAGAUCCAGUUACAAGGCCUAAAUAGUUUGUAUUGUGUUGUUCCAUCUAAUCUUUUGUUUGGACGUUAGUUGUACUGUAAUGAAUAAUGUUUGGACUAUUUUCAUGGGUAUGAUGCCGAAAUCUGGUUGUUAUUUCAAAACAUGUGAUCACUGGUAUUGAAAAGAAAACUUCUUAGGCGGGCGUUGAUUGUGAGAAGCCAAUAUCAGUUUAUGUGUACAUUUUUAUUCUAUUGUGAGAAGCCAAUAUCAGUUUAUGUGGCUGCAUUUUUAUUC